GAGGGAUCGGAGUAAAGCACCCGACCCGCCGCGGAUAUCAAUCAGCACCACCGCAGCUAUCCACAAUCUAGCUCUGCUCCGCCAAAGCUUCUUCCUUCCUCCACCACCACCAACUUCUCUCCAACUCCACACCCACCACCUCUCAACCUCACCACCACUACCACUACAACCAACCAACCCAAACCCUCAAAAUGGAACCCCUAACCACACCCCCCGACACAACAACCUUCAUCCCCCUCGCCGAACACCAAUCCCGCACCCCCAGCUCCUUCCACUCCGGCCCAGCAGUCCUGUACUCCCACCACCAAAACUGCAAGUUGGUCAUCCUUGAGCGCGAUCUCCUCGCCGUCCCAGCCCUGGGUGCUCUGCGCGACUCCCCUGCCACCGCAAACGGCACCUCUACCACGACCAGCGACGAAGAAACUGAAGUCGUCAUCCAGGGCGUGAACGUCUGGGUUACGUCUGAAAAAUUCCUCCUCCACAACCCCACCACCAACACCGGCCUCUCAAUCCCUUACCCCACCAUCCAUCUGCACGCCAUCCAACGUCUCCAACUCCCCUCAUCCCCCGGGGAAGAAGUCCAGGGAUUAUACAUGCAACUCGCCCAUCCCUCACCCCAAAACUACACUUCCGGCGACGACGAAGAAGAAAUCCUAACGAUUACUAUCGUUCCUGGCCCCGCCACCCAGUCCCAAGAAGAAGAAGACGAGAAAGACGAAACGCCUACGCAGACCCUCUACGCGGCUGUAUCGGCUUGCUCGAAUUUGCACCCGGAUCCGGUGGAGCCUGGGGAUGAGGACGAGGAUGAUGAAGAAGAGGGUGGUUUGUUGCAGACGGGAUUAGUCUCUAUGGGAAGUACCGAGGCUGGUGGAUUGCCGCCACCCGUAGAAGGGAGUUCGGGGUGGAUUACGGCGGAGAAUAUGCAUGAGUUUUUUGAUGAGGAGGGGAAUUGGAUUGCGGGUGGGGAGGAGCCGAAUUUGUCGUUGGGGCCCGGAGCUGGGACGGUCAGGCACAGGGAGGAUGGGGAGGAAGGUGGAGAGGGAGAGGGGUGA